GUGGGGGGUGUGGGGGGAGCCCCGCCCCCGCCGGGCGUGUGUGUCGUGUGUGUUUGGGGCCCGCGCGGCUGGCGCGCCCUCUGCCUUUUUACGCCUCCGGCACCCCCCGCGGCCCGGCUGUGGCCCCUGCGCCCCUAGCCCCGCCGGGCGUCGCGGGCCAACAUGGGCCAGGAAGAGGAGCUGCUAAAGAUCGCCAAGAAGCUGGAGAAGAUGGUGGCCAGGAAGAAGACGGAAGGGGCCCUGGACCUCCUGAAGAAGCUCGACAGCUGGCAGAUGUCCAUCCAGCUGCUCCAGACCACCAGGAUUGGAGUCGCCGUGAACGGGGUCCGCAAGCACUGCUCCAACAAGGAGGUGGUGGCCUUGGCCAAAGUCCUCAUCAGGAACUGGAAGCAGCUGCUGGACUCCCCAGCAACCCCCAAAGGAGAAAAAAGAGAGGAAAGAGUAAAAGCCAAGAAGAAGGAAAAAGGGCUUGACUGUUCGGUUUGGAAGCCAGAGACAAGUCUUUCUCCACCAAGGAAAAAACGGGUGGAAGAGCCCAAAGACAGGAGAGACUCUGUGGACUCCAAGUCUUCAGCCACCUCCUCUCCAAGACCAUCGAUGGAAAGAUCAAACAGCAGCAAAUCAAAAGCGGAGACCCCCAGAACACCCAGCAGCCCCUCAAGCCCCACGUUUACCCCCUCUGUCUGCCUCCUGGCGCCCUGCUAUCUCACGGGGGACUCCGUCCGGGACAAGUGCGUGGAGAUGCUCUCUGCGGCUCUGAAGGCAGAUGAUGAUUACAAGGACUAUGGAGUCAACUGUGACAAGAUGGCAUCAGAAAUUGAAGAUCAUAUCUACCAGGAGCUCAAGAGCACAGACAUGAAGUACCGGAACCGCGUGCGCAGCCGCAUCAGCAACCUCAAGGACCCCAGGAACCCCGGCCUGCGGCGGAACGUGCUCAGCGGUGCCAUCUCCGCGGGGCUCAUUGCCAAGAUGACAGCGGAGGAAAUGGCCAGUGAUGAGCUGAGGGAACUGAGGAAUGCCAUGACCCAAGAGGCCAUCCGUGAGCACCAGAUGGCCAAGACAGGCGGCACCACCACCGACCUCUUCCAGUGCAGCAAAUGCAAGAAGAAGAACUGCACCUAUAACCAGGUGCAGACACGCAGCGCUGAUGAGCCCAUGACGACCUUUGUCUUAUGCAACGAGUGUGGCAAUCGCUGGAAGUUCUGCUGACAGAACCACCAAUCGGGAUUUCAGUGAACAAGGUGAGGAAGAACAGAGAGAAACCACCAAGCCCUUCGUAAACUGGAGAAAAAUAAAAAUUAAAAUGAAGAGAAA